ACGGUGUAAGUAAUAAUGUUUAAAGACAAAAUGAGAAAAAAAUAAGCAUACUUAAGUAAUCUUCAAGUUCCAGAAUGGCUACAAUUAUGUCUUCGGCAGUUUUAUUUUUAUGUUGUUUUGGACUUUUCUUUGUGUUAACAGACGGCCAAUGUACCUUGCCGCUAAGUGACGGCACGUGGCAUUCGAGUACGCGCGGCACGUGGACAGUGGCUACGAGCGGCGGAGCAACCGAGGUCUCCAACUUCGAGGCGGCACUGUCCUACUCAAGUAACGUGGCGACGCUUACUUGUCAACAGAGUUCAGGGACACAGUACAUUUUAGGGACGAAUUUUGAGAUAUUUUUCCAAGUGUUUAUCAACGUGUCCGUGUGCCUGGACAUACGGACAAUCAGUGACGAGAACACAGACAGCUACAUAUUCUACUUCGCCACAGCUGUUGAUGAUGCUACCGGGGAGCGGUUCACCAGUAACACUGACGGGGCGUGCUCGGAGAUCGGAUACGAAACAGUCGCGAACGUCCAAAUCCUCGUCAAAGAUGGUUUUGUGGCGAGUGCGGCGAUGCAACUGCCGAACCUUGCGUUGGGGAACUAUAGUGUAACAUACGAGGUGCUGUUGUCAGCGGUUACCGUGGAGAACUGUACACUUGACACGUGUACCAACAAGACACUCAUGGAGUUCGGCAACUCUGACCCAACUCAGUACCUCGGCUUUACAAGUGGUGGUCAGAUGUACUCCAUCUACACGGACUCUUCUGGGACUGACACCUUCACGUUAACGUACAACGCGGACGUCAGUCCGGAUGGGAUCAACACUCAUCGCUUUGCAUGCUGGGCGCUUCUUUAUUCCGACGGGACGUUGCAAGCGACGGUACUUCCGGAACAGUGCGAGGGCUCUCAGACAUCCACGGCGGUGACCAGUGGCGGACAGAGGUUAACCAUGACCCCAUAUUUCACAUGCGGCCCAGAGGAGGAGGCCGUUGGUGGUCUGGCGGGCUGGGUGAUCGCACUAAUAGUCCUUGGUAUCUUGGCGCUAAUCCUGAUUGUUGCUAUCAUUAUUGUCUUCAUUUGUAUGCGCAAGACCGUCGCGUCCUUGGAUGAUGAGGAGAUGCUUAAGAAAGAGGGUUCCCGGCAAUCGACCCCGGACAGUCUGGCUGGGUAUGGGGAGAAAGAAAGGGAGGCCAUAAAAAACAUCAGGCACGGGAAGGACCCAGCAUAUAAACCGUUUAAACGGGAAAAACCAGACCGGGAGGGGACGUUUGAUUUGACAGAGAUUGGGAAACCUGGGGGCGGGAAAAAGUUACAGGACGGACAACCCGUGGAAGCAGAGAAAAGAGUGGAGACUUCAAAGAGUGUGCAGCUACGAAAAGAUAUACAAGGUGGUGAAAGUUUGGGACCCAUCGUGUUUCCACCCGGCAAGAAACCUAUACCACCGACCACCCCACGACCAGACAAAGAUGACGAAGUGCUGUUGCGGAUUAAGAAGGAACGUGAGCGAAAGGAGCGCGAGCGUGAGGAGCGCCGGAAGAAGGAGAAACAAGCAGAGGAGCUCCGAAUUAAAAUGGAGGUCAAGAAGGACCCCGAAGAAAUGGUUGAUAAGGUGAUUAAGCACCCUAAAGAACCGGAAUCCAGUGACGAAUAUGAGACCGACGAUUCUGAGAAAGAGGAGAGGGCCAAGCAGUUAAUGGAAAAGCGGCGGCGGCUGGCAGGUGCGACUUGGACUCCUCCGGGUGGAUUGUCGAACGCCAAGGACGUGGUCGGCAGGAAGAAGCGCAGGAAGCGACACGGACACGAUGAGGGAGAACUUGGUGGGGCGCUCGUGACCCGCGAACAGCAAUAUCAGCUAGAGUUCGACCGCCGCCGCCAAAAGAAGGCGAUGCGUAAGCGCGCCAAGGGCCGCCGCCAGCAAAGUGAUGUCAGCGGAAGUGAGACGGACACGGACAACGGUCAGCGUCGCCGGAAGCGGCGUAAGCCGCUGGCUCGAGGAGCACCGUUCAUGGACAAGUACAUUGUUAAGAAAGAGAUUGAGCACGAGUUGGAUGAAAUUGACUUUUGGAACGAGAAGACAAACACAGCAAAAAAUGUUGACGACAUUAUUGACGAAAAACCCAAAGGAAAGACUCUACAUGUAGCGCCGGCGGACACUCAGGUCAAAGUGGAAGCGCGCUCGCCCUCCCAAAUCGAGACAGCUCUGAUGGAAGAGGAAAGCGUCUGGGCCGGAUAUGGAAUCACUGGAUUCACACCGGGUCAAAGUGGGGAACUACCAGACGGGUUCCAUUUUGACAAGGAAGGGAAUGUUGUGAGAAAUGUUGACGGUAAACUUAUUCCUAAAGACAUCUAUCUGAAACAGAUGGAACUGCGGAAAAGGUUUAAUGUAUUUGCACUCCCGAGAUUGAAGAGGAGCACAGACGGUCGUCCAGUCGGGGGAUACAAGGACGACGAGUUCGGGCCGACGGCUUCCUGGGACUUCGGCGAGCCGGCGAGCGGCACAGACGGGGAGGAGGAUAAACGGCAGUCAGUGUCUAUCAGGCCGGCCUCCGGUCGCCAGGUUGCCUUUAGUGUCGGCGGCGAUAGAAGUAAGACAUCUUCUCCUUUGGAGGACAUCGACUACAAUACACGGAAGGGUCGACAGUUGGGAUCGGCGGAGCGGGGUCUGCUUAAACAGCGGUUGUUCGAUAAAAACGGCAAGCCAACCACUGAAGAAAAACAUCCAACCACACCGAUCUUCUUCAAAGGUCCCACGGGCGGUCUUAAAGCGGAUGCGGUUUACAUCGACAGUGCCCAGAUAGAGCGACACGAGCCGGUGAAGGCGCCUGCACGCAGCCAGUCCCAGCGGCCACCAGCUUCGGGCUCACAGAUGAUCAAGCGCUCAGACACAUUCGAGGACGGACGACCAAACAUGAGCCGCAGAAAAUCAAGGCUGAGGUCCUCCUGGACAGGCAAUGCAAACUUGAUUCCCGAGGAAGACAACGCUAUGCAGGGCAUGUCAAAGGGCAAACGCAACAUCGGGUCAGAUGACGAGUUUUUCUUGGUUGUUGGAAGUAUUAAUCAACUAAGCAAGCCCCCGGAGAUCCUGGAUUCCCAGCUUGGCAUUAACCGAUGCACGCGGUACAGUGAGCGACACGGAGCGCCCCGGGAGCCGUCCGGUUUAACAGACAUCAGCAUGCGCACGGCGCCCGACUCCACUACACCCGACAAAGUGAACUGUCGGAAAUACCUAGAAGAGCUUUACAAGGAUAAGAUAUACUUCGACAAAUACAUUAAGACUGAAAAGCUUCCUACAAAUGCUGCAGUGGAGACACGUGAACUAGCUGAUCACGCGAGGAGUUCCCUGAAUAACUUAGCGGUGUAUUUGAAGGAACACCAGCCUCUCAACCCCGCACCGCCACCAAGUGAGCUUAGGUUGAAGCUUUCCCGCAUGCACACAGUCCAUGCUGAGGAUUCAAGGAAAAACUCUAUGCCAAUAUCAGUAAGCGAACGUCCAUUGAGCGCCGACGACAUAAGGGACAGUACAGUGGCCUCUAAAGCACAGAGCCGUGAGGUCACCAUGUCGCUUACCACUGAUAGGUCGGCAUGGGCCCCGGUGGACACUACCGGAGAGCUCGUGCCACCGUCUCCCGUGGGCAUUUCCGGUGAGCGUGUCGCGCCAGUAGGGGGGCCAUCAGGGUCAAUUGAAAAGACAGUCACUAUUGAUGAACCUUCUAAAAACCUGACGAGGGAAAAAUCAUCCACAAAACCCCCAGCGCCACAAAAGCAUUCACCUGCAAAGAAAACAAGUGUUGCGACGCAGGAGGCUGUAAUACCCAAUAAUGUGAUGUCUCUUGUAGACACAUCGUAACUUGUGUUUCAUAAAACCCGUUUGUAAUAAAGGAACUCCAAUUUUCUACUUUGUAAAGCCAUACGGUAGUGGUUAUAUUUGUUAGUCACGAGUUUUCAUUUUUUCUUUUAAUUAUUACUGUUCAUUUGUUUUUAUAUGAUCCGAUAGAAAUUUAACUUGGACGGUAUGUCUUUGAUAAUGACUGCUAUUUAUUAUAAUUCUAAUUUUUGAGAGAGAGAGAGAGAGAGAGAGAGAAAGAGAGAGAAAAGAGAGAGAGAGAGAGAGAGAGAGAGAGAGAGAGCGUGUGUGUGUGUGUGAAUGCGCGCGUGCGUGUGCGCGUGUGUAUGUGUGAGAAAGAGAGAGAGGUUAUAUUCGUGUUUGCUCUUAUAUAUGAUAUAUCUGUGAUAUUCAUUGUUAUCAUUUUGAAAUAAAUGCUUUCAUUCA